ACCAUCAUACCAUAUAUUAUUUAAUUUAUGAUGCAUUUUGUGUUCCCGCGAGAAAUUACUUCAAAUUUUUUUUAUCAUGAUACACUGUAUAAUGUAUAUAUAAUGGUAUCCCAUUUGCCAUCUUUCUUCAUCAGUUAUUCUGUAGAACACAGAGCCAAACAGAAACAAUAACAAUUCUCAACCAUGGUGAUGUCUGUGUUACUGAACUUCAUAUUCCCACCUUCUUCCCUAGUCACGGCCAUGUCGGUGAUAAGCAUUGUUUCACUGGCGAGCUUUGGAUUCUCUGAGAUUCGGGGGAAGCACUUCAACUAUUCCAAGUUCUGGAACGUGAACACUGGCAACGACGCCGCGGCUCAAAGGAAAAUGAAGCUGUCAGGCAGAGCUGGCAUGCUCUUGCUCUACACUCCCGCUUUCCUCGCCGGGGUGGCGUCGUUUUUUAUUUUCCCUCACGAGAGUCUCCGAUCCACGCUCCUUCAAUCUGCUGUCACCCUACACUUCUUCAAAAGAGUACUUGAGGUUCUUUUUGUUCACAAGUAUAGUGCUUCUAUGAUUCUUGAUUCUGCAAUCCCCAUCACUCUGAGUUAUCUAACGUCAGCUGUAUUUAUGAUCUAUGCACAACACCUAACAAGGGAGCUUCCGGAACCACCUACUAAUUUGAUGAAUCCUGGGAUUGUGCUGUUACUGGUGGGCAUCAGUGGCAACUUUUACCACCACUUUCUUCUAUCCAAAUUGAGAGGAAAGGGAGAAAAGGAAUACAAGAUUCCUAAGGGUGGCUUGUUUGAGUUUGUGAUCUGUCCACACUACCUUUUUGAGAUUAUCGUGUUUUACGGCGUUUCCUUCAUUUCUCAGACAUUGUAUUCGUUCUCUUUCGCCAUAGGCACUACUUUGUACUUGUUGGGAAGGAGUUAUGCAACUAGGAAAUGGUAUCUUUCUAAGUUUGAAGAUUUCCCUGAUCAUGUUAAGACCGUCAUCCCCUUUGUGUUCUAAAUGUUGCAAGGGACAAUAAACUUUACAUGAAAUGUACUAGCCAUGCAUAUUGUUUGGAUUGAAGCUUUAUUUUUAGGUAAAGUUACUUUAUUGUCACAACCUUUUGCUUGUAAGACCUUAUUAUGUGGUCUGUCUAGGCAGACUUGUACGAAAUCAAAGUAAUGUUGGUAACAUUCACUACGCCACCUUAUAUUUCCUCCAAUCUCAA